AUGAGAGAAGCUGAAAUGGCCAUUCCCCACUUGUUUAGGUGUCCAAUUAGUCUAGAUUUGUUCACAGAUCCAGUCACUCUGUGCACAGGCCAAACCUAUGAUCGUUCCAGCAUAGAAAAAUGGCUUUCUGCUGGUAAUCUCACAUGUCCUGUCACAAUGCAGAAGCUCCCGGACCCAUCCAUGGUUCCCAAUCACACUCUUCGCCAUUUGAUCAAUCAGUGGCUUCAAUUCGACAACAACGUUGAUCCUGAUUGCUUCAAAAUGAUUGAUCCUGAUCAUUCCUUAGUUGCACUCAAGCACAACCUUGAGUCCCAUGAAUCCACCUUUGAAACAAAGCUUCAAACACUUGAAAAGAUCCAAGUUUUAUCUGCAGAACUGCCCAUGAAAAAUACCGUUUUGAUCGAAUUGGGCUUCUUCCCAUUACUGUUAGAACUAGCAUUAAGAUCAGUUGAAGGCACAAAUUUUCAAGACCACUUGAAGUUUGUAGAACAAGCACUGAUUUGUGCAUUGAAGUUGUUGCCAUUUAGUGAUUUGGGGUCUCUAAACUUGCUCAAAGAAGGGGCUAAAUUGGCAUACUUUCUAGUUCUAUUUGAGCAAGGCACAAGCAUUAUCCAGAAGAGUUUGUGUCAUCUGGUUGGGUCAACUUCAUCAUCUAUGGAGACAAAAGACCUAUGUGCAAUGCUUGGAAAAACCCGAGCUCUAUCACGAGGAAUGAUUCAUCUUCUCCAUGAAAAUUCUGAGGCUUCUGAAGCUGCAAUCAAAGCCAUAUCAGCAUUGUGUUCAUUGGAAUCAAAUAGAGUUAACAUGGUAAGAGAAGGUGCUGUUCGCGGACUCAUAACUUAUAUUUCGAAUGCAGAAAGAUGUGAGAGAAGCUUGGCACCAAUGGCAAUGGCAACAGUUGAACUGCUUUUAGGAUUAGAAAGUGGAAAAGAGGCUUUGAUUAAUCAACCAAAUGGUGUCAAUGUCCUUGUCAAGAUGGUUUUCAGAGUCUCAGAUCAUGAAGGGAGUGAGAGUGCUGUCAAUUCACUGAUGAUCAUAUGUUUUGAUUCAUUACAGGCAACGGAAAAGGCAAUUUGUGCUGGUGUUUUGACUCAGUUGUUACUGUUGCUUCAGAGCCAGUGCAGUGGGAGGACCAAGACAAAGGCAAGAAUGUUGCUCAAGUUGCUGAGAUCUAUGUGGGCUGAUGACCCAAAAAAUACCUUGUAG